UCCCCGAAUGCGCGUGCGUGCAGCGUUGCCUCACUGAAAAAGACUACAAACUCCAGAGAUACUUGCGGCAUCUCGCGCAAACGUCCGUAGUUGAAAGUGGCGGAGGCGUCCAAGCCACAGGAAGUAGACUCCCCUGGGGCGUGGUUGUUCGCGAUCCUUGCAUCUGUCACUUGGGGUCAAGGCUUGGGUCUCGCCCCGCAGACCCUCGGGACGACCCGGCCCCAGCGCAACUAUGAACUUGGAGCGAGUGUCCAACGAGGAGAAGUUGAACCUGUGCCGGAAGUACUACUUGGGUGGGUUUGCUUUCUUGCCUUUUCUCUGGUUGGUCAAUAUCUUCUGGUUCUUCCGGGAGGCCUUUCUUGUCCCGGCAUACACGGAGCAGAGCCAAAUCAAAGGCUAUGUCUGGCGCUCAGCUGUGGGCUUCCUCUUCUGGGUGAUUGUACUCACCACCUGGAUCACCAUCUUCCAGAUCUACCGGCCCCGUUGGGGUGCCCUUGGGGACUACCUCUCCUUCACCAUACCCUUGGGUACCCCCUGACAACUUCUUCUGCACAGGCCUGGGAACCUGCUCAUUCUCCCAGGAUGAGCUCCUCUACUCUAAGCCCACUCUCAAGCCCCUAAGACUUGUUCCCAUCUUCUGUGUUCUCUGCUGACAUCCCCCAAUAAAGGACCCUAAUUCUCUA